AUGGGGUUCGCAAAGAUUGAGGUGUCAGUUCCGGAGCAGCAUGGCAUACAGAGCAAGGGACCAAGGCAACCUCUGCCGAGAGGCCUUGUUGCCACCCGCUUUCACAACUAUCCUGCUCCCUACCAUCCUCAUCAAUCCCAACACACUGCUUCAGCCACCAAGUCGUCCAAAUUGGCCGAAUGCGACCUCAUUGAUCUCGAGGCUGAUGUUUCUCCGCCCCCAAAAGAACCCUUCAACAAUAUCCCUGCCUUCCGAGCCAGCGGUGGAGGACACGACAUGGACAGUAGACAUGGGCAGGCCCUGCAAAAGGAGAUUGAGGAACUUCGACGCCAACUCGAAUCGACGACGGCACGGGCCGAAAUCGCCGAGGAAAAGGCAGAGCGUGCGGAGCAACGGAUUGGCGAGAUCAAGGCCGACAUGAGCUCCGCCGUUGACGAGAUGGAAACGGACGAAGAUUCGUCGGCCCCCAAGCUCAAACAGCUCAAAACAGAGAACUCAACGUUGAAGGAGCAGCUUAGAGAUGCGCAAUCUCACAUCUUCAGCCUGCAACCCUACCGUAAGGAGAUCACGCCCGAAGAAGUCGGACGCGAAUAUGACGAUCUCGUUGAAGGCAUCACCGACUGGGUGUCCAAAUUCAUGGACCCUAUCCUCGAUGACUACAACCAGGGUGUCGAGGACAUUCUCACGAAUGCCCGGCGGAAGCCCACCGAUGCCCUCCGUUUGAAGCGAGCCAUACACAUGUACCCGGAUUUGGUUAGAGGUUCCACGUUUCCAGAGACGGACGAGGAUAUCGUUGUUGCCAUCAUCAUGAGAUUCCUCAACGACAACAUCUUUCAAAAAGCUCUCUACGGCUCGAUUGCGGACUACGUGGAAGUACUCAGCUUCGUGGAGACGGCCCUACAGUACCAGGUGGAGCCUAAGCGAGAUCUUUUCGCGAUUCGAACCUGGACUGCCGAGGCAUACAAUGCCAUCCUGAGCUCACGAGACUUUAAGAGCUGCAGGGACAAGAAAGCGCGGGAACUAACCGAGGAGCUCGCGAGCAUUUUCAGGAUACUUUGCAGGAGGGAGAAGACGGAGUGGUUUUUGAAUAGCUUUGGAAACCACUGCAUCAAGCCGGCGAUGCAGCUAUACGAAAAGAUGCAAGUGUCAACAAACCACUUCUACUUCGAUAUCAACCCGUACAUCAUAUGCGGCCCCGACGGGGAAAUAGAGACGUCACCCGACUUCUUUGACAAUCUAGUAGACCUCGAUUGCAAGAACGUGCUCCAGAACCGCAAGGCUGUCAACUUUGCCAAGAUGGACCCGCCACCUUCAAAGAUGGAACUUUGCCACCACAUGUUCAACGUCUGCACUCUUGCUCCGGCGCUUUAUAUGCGACAGAUUGGCCGAAACGACUCGAUCAAGGAGCCGCAGACGGUACGACGACAGCAGAUGCUGGUAGCGUGGGGUCCGCAGGAGAAGCGGAUCAAGUUCCAUGAGAGCGGCGACCGCACGCUGUUGUACCAUCUCUAUUGUGCUAGGAGCGAUCGUGAAAGGCAAGAGGCGGGCGGGUGGGCAACUUUCCGCUGGGGGGGCUAG